GUGGCCCGGCUCCGGCUCAGCCUCCGCGCGACUUCGGCGCCGCUUCCACGAGCGCUGCGCGCGGCACCGCAGAGCCCGGCCCUUGGAAACGCGCGCGGCGAUCCGGGCAGCUCCAGAGCUCGGGGUAGAGGACACGGCGACCCGGCUGUUUCGGGCCGAGGAUCGCUCGCCCCGAACUUCGCUCGCGGCGAUGGCCACUCACCUUCUAGGAUUUUUUUACGCAACUGGACUCCCCUCCCCCUGGCGGCCCCCGGGGAGGGGCUUGAAGACCCGAUCCCACGGAGAGAGCCGGGGCUCUGACUCAUCGUCGGGCCGGAACCUGAGGUCCUAGAAAAGACAGGCUCUCAGGAAAAGACCCUUUCCCCCGGGGGGGGUGGGAGCUCAGUUCCAGGACCCGAGCGCUCUUGGUGGCACUGGACCUCGGCUUUCUGGACCUCUCGGAAAACUAGGCGAUGCCGAUCCGGCAACCGCAGGGAAUGACGCGGGCGGGGAGGGCGAGCCCCACAGCCGUCACCGAGAGGCCCGCCUGGGCAGCACCGAUAAGGAGCUGAAGUCAGGAGCCGCCGCGGCGGACAGCGUCCGGACAGUGCCGGGGACCCCUCGGCAGCGGGGGCCAGGGGGCGAGGUCAUGGAUGCAGCGGGCGGCUCCCGGAACCCGCUCCCAAGGCCCUGCCACGUGCUGGUGCUGUUAAAUCCGCGCGGGGGCAAGGGCAAAGCCCUGCAGCUCUUCUGGAGCCACGUGCAGCCGCUGCUGGCCCAGGCCGACGUCUCCUUCACGCUGAUGCUCACUGAGCGGCGGAACCACGCCCGGGAGCUGGUGCGCGCGGAGGAUCUGAGACGCUGGGACGCGCUGGUGGUCAUGUCCGGAGACGGGCUGAUCCAUGAGGUGGUGAACGGGCUCAUGGAGCGGCCUGACUGGGAGACCGCCAUCCAGAAGCCCCUGUGUAGCCUCCCGGCCGGCUCUGGCAAUGCGGUGGCCGCUUCUUUGAACUAUUACGCCGGGUAUGAGCAGGUGACUAAGGAAGACCUCCUGACCAACUGCACACAGCUGCUGUGCCGCCGGCUGCUGGCGCCCAUGGACCUGCUAUCCCUGCAGACCGCCUGCGGGCAGCGCCUCUUCUCUGUGCUCAGCCUGGCAUGGGGUUUCAUCGCCGACGUGGAUCUGGAGAGCGAGAAGUUUCGGCGCCUGGGCGAGAUCCGCUUCACUCUAGGCACCUGCCUGCGCCUGGUGGCCCUGCGCACCUACCGGGGCACCCUGGCCUACCUGCCCGCAGAAACGCUGGCCUCCAGGAGGGGCCCCUCCCCGGCUCGGGCCCCGCAGGCCCCCGCGGACACCCACGUGGUGCCCCUGGAGCAGCCAGUGCCUCCUCACUGGACGGUGGUGCCGGAGCAGGACUUCGUGCUGGUGUUGGCACUCCUGCACUCCCACCUGGCCAGUGAGCUUUUCACCGCCCCCAUGGGCCGCUGUUCGGCUGGCGCCAUGCAUCUGUUCUACGUGCGCGCCGGCGUGUCCCGGGCCAUGCUGCUGCGCCUCUUCCUGGCCAUGGAGAAAGGCAGGCACAUGGAGUGCCACUGCCCUCACCUGGUGUAUGUGCCCGUGGUUGCCUUCCGCCUGGAGCCCAAGGAUGGGAAGGGUGUGUUUGCUGUGGAUGGGGAACUGCUGAUCAGUGAGGCUGUCCAGGGCCAGGUUCUCCCCAACUACUUCUGGAUGGUCAGUGGCUACAGGGAGUCCCCACCCUCUCUGAAACCGCAGCCCUCACCCCGCAGGAAGUCUCAGCAGAGGCCGCCCCCAGCAGAGCGCCGGUGACUCCGUGGGCCUUGCCAGUGCCUUUGUCUACUUGGUUUACUCUGUGCUCAGGCCCCCCACCCCUCUCCCCCUCCUCCCCCAGGACUGGAGGGCCUGUCCACAGCGCACGUGGUGAGUUGGGAGGAGGAGACGCCUGGAGGAGGGUGGGAAAGACAGGCUCUGCCCACCAAAGGCCAGAUGGUGUUGGGGUAGGAGCAGGGAAGCCACCCUCGAAUCAGAUCUGAAUAAACUGACAUUCCCAGCCUGCUGGUCUUAUCCUAGCGGGUGCGGAGAGUGGGGUCUUGCUUCUGCCGGGGCUCUAGAAUUUAACCUGAUGACCAGCCCAGUGGUCCCUCCUGGAUGGGGCAGUGUGUGGUACCAGCCCCUGGGAAGUCAUUUUGGUAGUGGGCACAGGACCAGAGCUGGUCCAGGCUGCUUUUGCAGGGGUUGGGGCCCUGCCCCAGUGAUGAUUAUACCCUGUCUGGUUUGGAGCCAACCGCUUCUUGGCACAGGUAGGAAGACUGAGGUUUAGAGCAAGUCUUACCUAGGGCUAUACAGCCAGCGCAUCUCAGCCAAAAGGGAGACUGUCCCGGAGUUAGGGGCACUGGGGAAAACUGGCAAGGAGCAACAGAGGUCAAAAUAGCAGAGAGCUGUCCCCCUUUUUUACAAGGAGUCUGUCGUCUGUCCAGGGCGGGCUCUGGGGCUCCCCUGCCCUCAUCUGUCCUUGUUGGGGAGCAGUGGGCUGGGGUUUAAAAGGAAGCAGCGGUGACGAGGGGCAGAUUCCAGCCAUCCAGAGUGGCUUUGAGCCCAGGCCAGCCCCCUCCAGCAUCUGGAAGGAGCUGAACUGGUGGACCUGGUCAGAGGCCCCCGGGGACCAGAGAUGCUGCUGCUGCCCUACUGAAAGGUGGCUCCAGGACCCAGGCCCUGCUCAGAGGCAAGAGCACCCACCCACUGAACUUCUAGACCCUCACCUCCCGGCCCCUGCGAGUCCUUGAUGGGAGAUGAAGAGGCUUGGAAGCAGGCUAGGUGGGGAAGGGGCUGCUGCCUUGAGAUGCCCCCCACCCCCUGCCCCCCAGCCACAGGGACCUUUCCUUCCCCUGGGGAGGGUGUGUGAGGUGCCCCCGAGGGAAAGAAAGGCGACAGAGCCCAGAUGAAUGGCAGAGGCAGGUUUAAUGGUGCCACCUUGUCUGUUUUGUACAUUGUAAUGAGCCAAACCGAAAAAAAUGCAAGUAAAAAAAAAAAAAAGUUUAAUCACACAGCACUUUAUACAGAUAUCUUAAGCAAUAGGCAUUCACAUCUCCACGUGAACAACGCACCGGGAAGCACAGCCCCGCCAGUCACUCUGGGUGAUCCUCAAAUAAGACCCCGACUCUGGGCUCCGAUCGCCGCAGCCCCGGUCUGGCCCCCGGCCUUCCCCGCGCUGCCGCCGGCCGCGUGCUCGCGGCGG